GACCGAUCCCCAACCAUCUGUCUUUUGUGAUGGACGGCAACAGGCGGUAUGCCAAAGAUGCUGGUCUUCCACUGAAAGAGGGUCACAGAGCAGGUGCGGAAUCUCUGGCCAAAGUGCUCAAUUGCUGCUUCAAGUUGGGGGUCAAGGAUGUCACGGUUUACGCUUUUUCGAUCGAGAAUUUUAACAGACCUCAGAACGAGAUAGAUACUAUAUUCUCCCUUCUGAAGAGCAGGCUUGCAUACAUUGCUAACGAAGACACCGAUUUCAGGGACUACGAUGUCGCCAUCAAAAUAGUGGGAAAUCGUACUCUCGUGCCCACUGAUGUUUUGGCAGAUCUGGAAAAAAUUGAGGAAUCGACUGUUUCGCAUGGUAGCCAUAAUCUGUUUAUUGCAUUUCCCUACACGUCCAGAGAUGACAUCGUCCAUUCGAUGUCGGAAAUUGUCCAAAAGGUGAAGCGCAACGAACUGGAUGUGGACAGCAUUGACGAACAUACGGUGGAAGAGAAUUUUUACUAUCGUGGAGAAGCGGAGAAGGUGGAUAUCUUGGUGAGAACAUCAGGCCACACACGUCUCAGCGACUACAUGUUAUGGCAAUGCCAUCAGGAUAGCGUGAUUGAGUUCUCCAACACGCUGUGGCCCAAUUUUAAGUUUUAUCACACCUGGUGGACUAUUUUCAAAUGGAGCUACUACAAAACGCUGAUUCUGGAGGAUGCAGAAACGAUGCAACUGAAGAAGAUGAGCGACGAGGAAAUCAAUAAGAGAUACAAAGAGCCGAUCAAAAGCCUUUCUCAUCCUCCGUUUGCUUCUGUCACAAAAGUGGCUUAGAAUGCCUGAGAGAAGUUAGCCUCAUUUUUUCGCUUUGCUUGGGCCGAUUUACAUCUGAAACGGAUCUUUUGACUUUGCUUACCUCAUAUUUUAGGCCUUCUAUAAAACGCGACAGGUAAAAAAGCUAUCUGCAAUACGCGUCCCAAAAUAGGAAAAAACACGGUGCGACCAAGAACGGUUGUUUGAAAUACAGUAGACAAGUCCUUUCAGAUCUCUGCUUAUGUCAUUUUCAGGUUCGUCUUGUGUUCAAG